AUGUUCGCUGCCAUUGCUUCAGGAAAUCCGUUACAACUCUCGACAGAAGUGCCAAACUCUAACAGCCUUCAGCAUACCAUUGUUUUGUCGUCUACGAAACCCAAAUCUUACUCGCAUAUCUCCUUAUUUAUAUUGCCGAAUGUGACAUUUCCGCCCGACUUCGCCGGUACAGUCUAUUUCAAAUUAAGCCCUACAGAGGAGUUCAAACUUUUUGGUUAUCUGAGUGCUGAAAAGCCUAGCGCCAUAUUCAAAGUCAGAAUUCCCAACGCCAACAACUCGGGUGCAGCAGAUGAUGGGGAUGGACUAGGCGAAAUCGAUAUGGAGGACGAUAUAUCAGGAGCAGGGCAACCUGCGUGCAACAUAUCCGAAAUUAUUAUAGGAAUUUCGAUAGAACCGAAAGACCAAGCGCUAGCAAAACUACAAGAAAUAAAACUUCAACAAGCGAGCGGAGAAAGCUCUAGCUCUCUCGUCGUUGCACGCGCUAGCCAAGCCGGAAUAACAAGUCCUGGUCAACUUGCCCAAAUAUAUCCUAUUUUGACGCAACAGCUAGCAGCCAAGAUUGUCAAGCAUGCGCAUAAUUAUUUAACGGGAUUUCUAGAUCUGCAAGGAAAUGUGCCAAUAAAAGCAUUUGACGCUUGGUGGAACAAGUUUAAGAUGAGGCUAGAAAAGGACGGUCAAUUUCUAAAUGAAGUGACCGAAGAUUAG